AUGAUGUUCAGGAACCGUGACUCAUUCAAGCAGCAUAUGGCUAUGUUUGCAAUAGCAAAUAAGUUUUGCUACCGGAACGCAAAGUCCGAUCCAACCAUGAUGGUGUUGAAAUGCAUCAGCUCAUCUUGCCAAUGGCGUGUGUAUGCAAUCAGGUUAAAAGACUCGGAUGUUUUUGAAGUCAGGAAAGUUGACCACAUACAUACAUGUUCUAUAGCUGACAGGGGUGGAUACCAAAGCCAAGCAACAUCGGCGGUCAUUGGAGAAUUGAUGAAAACUAAGUACGCUGGGAACGGGCUAGGGCCAAAGCCAAAUGAAAUUAGAAGGAUGAUGCGCGGUGACCAUGACGUCUGUAUUUCAUACUGGAAAGCGUGGAAGUCAAGGGAUAUGGCGGUGGAUAGUGGACAUGGAACAUGUAAUGAUUCGUACAGAAAGCUUCCGGGUUAUCUCAAUAACCUUGUGUUAGCCAACCCAGGAUCUUUAGCCAAUUUGCACACCCAGGAAGGGGAUGGAGGUGGACACCGAUUCAAAUAUAUGUUCCUUGCGCUAGGAGCAUGUGUAGAAGGGUACAAAUACAUGAGGAAGGUGGUUGUGGUUGAUGGAACACAUCUAAAAGGAAGGUAUGCCGGAUGUCUGCUAACUGCAUCCGCAGAAGAUGGUAACCACCAAAUUUUCCCCUUGGCGUGCGCCGUUGUGGAUAGCGAGAAUGACAAGUCAUGGGAGUGGUUUUUCCAAAACUUAGCAGCAUUUGUGCCCAAUGAAAGUGGGUUGGUCCUCAUGUCCGACAGACAUCCUUCGAUCUACAAAGCAAUCAGCCAGGUGUAUCCGAGUGCAGGGCACUGCAUUUGUGUUGUCCAUCUGAAGAGGAACAUCAGGACCAAUUUUAGAGAGAGACAUUUGGGACAUCUGGUUGCCAAAACAGCAAGGGCGUAUAGGUUGAAUGACUUCUAUGUCACAUUUAGCGAGAUCAAAGCGAUGGAUCCUUCUUGUGCAGCUUACCUAAUAGAGAUAGGUUUUGAAAAUUGGUCACGGUCCCAUUUCCCUGGUAACCGCUACAAUGUGAUGACUAGCAACCUGGCUGAGUCAUGGAAUUCUGUUUUGUGCAAGAGGCGUGACGUUGCAACCAAGUCUGGUGGAGACCUCACACCGCGUAUUGAAGAAAUGGUAAGAAACAAUUUCGAGAAGACUGGUGGGUACCAUGUACUCGACAUUGCUGAGAUGGAGUACGCAAUCCGCAACAAGUCUGGCGCAAGCUUCCAUGUGAACCUUGACAGAAAGACUUGCAGCUGUUUUGAGUUUCAGAUGCUAGGAAUUCCAUGCUCUCACGCAAUUGCUGCAGCUCUGAAAGGAAAGAUGAGUGUCAACGACCUUGUUAUAGAUGAAUACAAGAUUGACUUCCUUAAGCGUGCCUAUCAAGGAACUAUCGUGCCGGAAAGUGAUUCAACGGGGGGAAUACAAAUCCUUGCGGUCCUUAACGAUCUCCAGUUGCGUCCUCCUGCAACUAGGCGCCCUCCGGGAAGGCCAAAGAAGCUGAGGUACUUCUCCAGAGGAGAGAAACGGGUUAAAUGCGGUCGCCGCAGGAUCACAUGCAACAGGUGCAAGGGCGUAGGACACAACAAGGCUACUUGCAAGAAUCCAAUAUAA